GGUCUUCACUCUUCGCUGUAGAACCCUAGAAAGAACAUCUCCCUCACACUGUGUACUACUAUCAGUCCCUCUCAAUUUCUGUGCUCCCCACUCUGACAAUUCGUAUCAUCCAAUUUGAUCUUCUCUCCCUUUCUCUACCUAAACACCCCCCCCCCCCCCCCCCCUCUCUCUCUCUCUGAACCCAUAACACUGGUGCUGGUGUCUCUAAAAAAAUAUUCAUCAAUCUUCUUCUUCUUGUGCAUCUCUAAUGGCAUUCCGUUACUAUUUCUUACUUACUAUUUCCUUGAUUUUCAUCCAUUUCUCAUCAUUUUCUGUCUCUUAUGAGCCUCGUAACCAAGAAGUGGAAGCUUUGAUGAGCAUAAGAAGAACUUUAAAUGAUCCACACGGAGUUCUUAAUAACUGGGAUGAAGAUUCUGUUGAUCCUUGUGGUUGGUCUAUGAUCACUUGUUCUCCUGAUAAUCUUGUCAUUGGACUAGGAGCUCCUAGUCAGAAUUUAUCAGGAACUUUAUCAGAGAGAAUUGGGAAUCUUACGAAUCUAAGACAAGUGUUAUUACAAAACAAUAACAUUUCUGGAAGAAUCCCAUUAGAACUUGGGUUACUGUCAAAACUUCAAACAUUGGAUCUUUCCAAUAACUUGUUUUCUAGUGUUGUUCCUGUUACACUCGGUCAGCUUAACUCACUUCAAUACCUGAGACUAAACAACAACAGCUUAUCUGGAGCCUUUCCUGUGUCUUUAGCGAAAAUCCCCCAACUUGCUUUCUUGGACUUGUCAUUUAACAAUCUCAGUGGACCCGUUCCUAAAUUUCCAGUCAGAACAUUCAACAUUGUUGGAAAUCCAUUGAUUUGUGGAAGUACAACAAGUGAUGAAGGUUGUUCUGGGACAAGCCCUAUUACUCUGUCAUUUUCUCUGGAUUCAUCACAGAGGAAAUCCAAAACUAAAAAAGUAGCUCUCGUCGUUGGGGUUAGUCUUUGUUCAUUAAUCCUUCUUCUACUGGCAAUUGGACUAGUUUUCUGGUUGAGAAAAUUCCAAAAGAACAGAACAAUCCAGAACAUCAAUGAUAAACAAGAAGAAGGGUUGAUAAAUUUAGGAAACUUAAGACAAUUUACAUUGAGAGAAUUACAAUUAGCAACAGAGAAUUUCAACACAAAGAAUAUAUUAGGACAAGGUGGAUUUGGGAAUGUGUACAGAGGAAGAUUAUCUGAUGGAACAAUUAUUGCAGUAAAAAGAUUGAAAGAUAUAAAUGGUUCAACUGGUGAAAUGCAAUUCAAAACAGAAGUUGAGAUGAUUAGUUUAGCUGUUCAUCGUAACCUACUAAGAUUAUUAGGGUUCUGUUCAACAGCAAAUGAGAGACUUCUCAUUUAUCCAUACAUGUCUAAUGGAAGUGUUGCAUCAAGAUUAAGAGUGAAACCAACACUUGAUUGGAACACGAGGAAGAGAAUUGCACUUGGAGCUGGAAGAGGUUUAAUGUAUCUUCAUGAACAAUGUGAUCCAAAGAUAAUUCAUCGGGAUGUCAAAGCAGCAAAUGUACUUCUGGACGACUAUUGUGAAGCCAUAGUUGGUGAUUUUGGUCUUGCUAAGCUGCUUGACCAUGCUGAUUCUCAUGUUACAACUGCUGUUCGUGGUACCGUCGGGCAUAUUGCUCCAGAGUACCUGUCAACAGGACAAUCCUCUGAGAAGACGGAUGUUUUUGGGUUUGGAAUAUUGUUGUUGGAGUUGAUUACUGGAACAAGAGCACUUGACUUUGGGAAAUCGGUUAACCAAAAAGGGGCUGUCAUUGAAUGGGUGAAGAAACUACAACAUGACAAGAAAGUAGAAGUACUGGUGGACAAAGAUCUUGGAAUCAAUUACGACCUAAUCGAAGUGGGAGAAAUGGUUCAAGUGGCCCUCCUUUGUACUCAGAACCUUCCAGCCCAUCGACCUAAAAUGCCGGACGUAAUUCGAAUGCUUGAAGGUGAUGGUCUAGCUGAUAAAUGGGAAGCCAACCAAAAACACCAAAGAAAUCUUAUUGAUAUCAAAAACAAUAACAAAGAAGGCUAUUAUUCUUCAACUGCGGAUUGUAAGAAGCUCCGGUAUGAUUGUGAUCAGGAGAAUGAUGUACCCCGUGUUCAUGAUGAUGAUGAUGGUAAGAUGUGUCUAAUGUUAAUGGAUGAUGAUGAUAAUCAUUCUUUGGAUGUUCAUGCUAUGGUGCUUUCUGGUCCAAGAUAAAGGAAAUCAUAAUUGUCUCUCUUUUACUUUUUCUAUUAUUUUUUUUCGUGUUUUAACUUUCUUUUUCUUGUUUAAAGUUGAAAAGAAAUUAUUGUCUGUGAAAGAAGAGGUCGUAAAAGAAAAGGUGAUUCAUAAAAGAAAAAGAGGAGAGGUUAAAGGGAUACUUUAGGACAUCUUCGUUCUUUUUCUUUCUUUUUUUUCAUUCUUGUUUCCGGUGUAAAUAUUAAUAUAUGAUGAGUCAUGUUAACAAAGUAUUCUGGUA